CAGACACAGACAGUCCCACAGGGGUGGGCAUUUACUUUCCAAUAUUGCAGUUGAAUCUCUCGCAUCGUCUUCCGGCGGGCAUCUCAGCUUUUACUGCAGAAGCUUGGGCAUUGCUGGUUGCUGUGAAAUUGAUCUGCGAGGAGCACUGUUUUAGAACUGUUAUCUUUACCGACUUCAAAAAUGUCUUGGAGGCUAUCGCGUCAUCUAGAACUAACAACGGUAUGCGGAUUGAUCUUGUCUGAAUUCCCUCUCAUAAGGGUAUCCAAGGAAAUGAAAAAGCUGACGAACUUGCUAAAUUGGGAGUUAGAAAUGGCACUCGGAUGGAUAUCAAGAUUCCAUAUACGGACAUACUUGCGGAUCCUAAAUCUAUCUUUACUAGACAGUUCCGGGACUAUCUUGAUGGUAAAUUUUUAUAAAAAGAAUUAUUAUAUGAACAAUAUUUUCGAGAUUCCUCACCGAAGACUUGGUACGCAAAACUCAUUCUGAAAAGGGAAGAAAUCAUUUUAAUCAACCGCAUCAGAUCUAAUCAUUAUAUUAGGUUAAAUAAAAAGUCAUCGCGUUUUUUUAAAAGACAUCUAUCAGUAAA